AUGGAGUUGGAUUUGGGUGCACCUCUGACUAGAUCAACUCCAGAUACAACUGUUCAACAGCUACAGCAUAAACGAUCAUUCUUAUCAAAAUUACGACGUACACCUUCUUCUGUUUCUACAUCAACAUCACCUUACGGUCAACCCAUACAUGCUGCAUCGACCUCAGCAGUGGUUUUUUCCUCUACACGACCAGUAAGUACGGUAAAAAAAAACCAAGUUGGUGUACCUAUCAUGAUGGUCAAUCGCUCAGAAGAGAUAUUCGGGCCUUCAACAAGUAUAAAACAUGGAUUUGGGAUUGAAGAUGAACUGGAGUGGGAAAGGGUCAGGACGUUACCUAGAGUUAGACUAGUACCACCUCCAGAAGAACAAACCGAACCUAUCAUGUUAUAUCCCCCACCUCGUCUCGCCUCACCACCACCCACCUUACCUCACCCAUUCCUCUCAGCUCCAUCUUCACCGCCCACCUCACCACCUAGACUUAGUACAAGACCAGGCUCUCCACCUCAAUCUCCGCCGCGUCGUCCGCAGAGCAUAUACUCCCAAUCACCCACUUGGGCAGGUAUGGCCGACGGCUUCGUCUUACCCCCACCGAAAUUCUCGAGGAACUCUACUGGUUGGUCUUCCACUGCAUUUGGUGGCGGGAACGUCGUCAUGCCCAAAAGGCGUGAACAGGUGGAUGAAGAUAGGAGAAAGAGGAUAAGCGAAUAUGCCAUUGGUAGUCCGCCUCGAUCACCGCCUGCGAUCGUCGUUAGUGGGAUGAUGAGAAGUCUGGAGAGUCAGGAAGAAAUCGCUGCUAAUAAGAGGAUGAGAGUGGAUGAUGAACAGCACGAAAUCAAUCUCGAUGAACGAAGACCUCAGCAGAAUGUUCUGGAUGAUGAGAAGGAGCUGACUGCUUCUCCCAUUGAUAUGGACAUCGAUCAGAUACCGACACCUCCCUCUGUCCCAGAUGUUGAUAUCAACAUUGCACAAUCUGCUCCAGUAGCUGCUAUUCCUCUAAGAAGCACAACUGUGCCAGCUCCUCAGAGCAGUGAUACACCUACAUCACCAAGCAAGACACCCGUACCGAAGGCCAUCCGAAGGUCAAGAGCUCUGUCACUAUCAGCUGCUUUCUCAUCUUCUUCUGGUCUAAAGAACGUCGAAGUACCUCCCCUUCCCGACCUUCCUUCCAGGCCACCUAUACGAAAACAAAAGUCGUUGAAGAAGUUCUUCUUCAGCUCAUCCACACCUCCUGAAGCUGUAGUAGCUAGUUCUUCGAUACCUCCCGUACCAGCUGUUCCUCUCCAAGAACGAAAGCCAACUGAGGACAAUCAACCGGUGAAACAAGAGAAGGAGAAGCCUUCCAAGGGAAAGAAAAUCUUGCAAAGAGCAAGAUCUAAACCUUCACUCAAGAUCGAUGUCAAAGUCGCUAAACCUUCUUCACCUUCCACAAGCCCAUCACCUACCACACCGGCACUUACGACUGGCAAGACAGAUAUCUCAACAUCAUCAUCCAUCACGACAACUCCUUCGUCCGCACCGGCUCAACUCAGAGGUCUAAGCAAGAGGUUCUCACUGUCCAACAUGUCUCAGGCAUUCAAGAAGAAGUCGCAUUCUACACCUGUAUCCGCUACUGCAUCCUUUGGCUCACCGGUGCCCAUGGUCCCUGAUAUACCUGAAGCGUUUAAGAAGAACAAGGACAGUAAGGACAUCAAAGCCAAAGGGAAAGGAAAAGCGAUCGAAUCUGCUUCACCUAUAAGUCCGAGAAAGUCGAAAACACUAGAUACGGAUAACAACGAUGAAAUGUUGACACCUACUGGAUUACCCAGAAGAAGUGAAUCGUUAAAAGCUAUCCAGUCACUCACCUUCUGUCAAGAGGACGAGUCUAACGUGGAAGGUCUAGCAGAUCAUACCAACAUCAUUUCGACAGAAAAUGUGAUUACGGAUGAACCUCAAUCAUUAUUACCCGCUUUCGAAGUUUCUUCCGAUACUCAAGCUCUUUCGAGCCCAGUCUCGGCUUCAGUUCCCCGUUCGGGUCCUUCAUCCGAGUCACCCAUUCAGUCUGUCAAGUCAAUCUCAACGGUUGACAUCGACGACGUUGAUAUCGAUAUUGAUAUUGAAGAAGAGGAUGACGAGCACGAACUUGCCCAUGCGCAAUUGAUGCAUGUCUCGCCUCGAACCAGAAGAGAUCCAUCACAAUCCUUAUCAUUACAGGAGUUUCUGUCUUCGCCACCCGGUAAAACAUCGAAUAUCGUCAUCGUCCCUACAAAGGGAUUGAGAAGGAGUGUAGAAGCUGUUGUCAUGUUGGGUAAUCCAAUGAUGAUGAACCUCCAAAGCCCCCUUUCCCCAACGGAUGGCAACCAUGUACCAAACGAAGAAGAUCGGGAGGCAGAUGGUUUGAAGAAGAAGGACAAAAAGAGAGAAUCGAAGUUGUUCGAGAGAAGAGGUAGUGAGACUGAAUCAGAAGCUGAGGAAUUGAAAACUCCUUUGGAAGAAUCAUCUGAGAUUUUCCCCAAUCAACCUGAUCUUGUACAAGAAGACGAAGAGCCUACACCUAAAGCAUCAUCUUCUCGAACGACAAGCGAAGAACAACAAGUAAGGGUUGAGGAUGAUUGCGAAUACGAUUAUGAUCUUGAGUCAUUACCCAGUGAUACAGUAUUGGUUGAAACUCCCUCACGAUUACCAGCUGUCCCUCACUCGUCAGAAACUUCGACUAUAACGAAUGCUACACCGGUAAACACGAAAAAUCGGUUCGUCUCCCCUGAAGCGUUAUUAAAGCGAUUACAUUCGUCAAGAAGACCCAACCAGGCGACACCAUAUCAACAUAACAAGAAAGGAUCAGCGUCCAAAGAUAGAGAAUCCUUAAUUCUUUUAAGGGAUAUACCACUUCCUCCCUUGCCUGCUUCCGACAGUAAAGAAUUUUCAAGUUUGAGUAAAGAAAUGCAAUUGAGGAGUUUGAAAUUUGAAAGUCUAGGAUUGGAUUUUCAACAGUGGGAUGAAUGGAGUGAAGAGGAUAUUGAUCGAUUGAUCAUGACCAGUGAAAUCACGGCUUAG